AUGUCUGUUUUGGUUCUUCCUACUACGGCCAUUGGCCCUCCCACUCCUCUUCCCCCUCCUUCUAAGCGGAAGCCUGCCGACAGACCAUUUCUACGCAGACGUCGCAAGAAGCAAAGGGCAAGGCAGGCUAAGAAGGAGAAGGCCAGGGCCAAGGAGCAAGCUUUGCGCACCGCACACACCUUCAAGCUCUGGUUUCUUACAUCGUAUGGAGCCCAAAUAUGGCCCAAUGAUCUCGAUAUGGAGUCGAUCCCGGGAAUCGAUGACCUUUCUACCGGGAAUACGCUUAAUUCUCCCGAGUACAUCGAUUUCUACGCAACAAACGAUCUUGUUGAAUCCGACCUCGAAGAAGACGAAGGCAACGAAGACGACGGAGCGAAUCACUGCGAGGACACACUUACUACCCUGGGCUAA